GUCUCGACAGGGUUGGGCCAGUCACAGAGCUGUCAGUCUUCAAAUAGGACCUUUAGCCUCUUUUCCCGUCAAUUGUGUUCAACACUGCAGCUUGAGCACCUCAGGAUUGGCGUGUGAACCGGAACAUUUCCCCACCAUGCACCCGGCUUUCUUCGUGAUCUGGCUGGCGGCUCUACAACAAUCCAUUCCGGUGAAUUGUUUCCCUGUACACCUGGACCAGUCGACGCUACACAGGACAAUCAAAGGAACCCGCACGCGCUCGGAGUCUGUCGAUACAGAAGAUUAUUUAUGGAAGGUGAAUUUGAAUGGACAUGUAAAGAAAGCCAUCUCCACAAACUCUCUCAUUGUCCUCCCAAUAAGAACGGAAACAAGUGACUUUGUGUCAAUAUUGGACUUGAAAAGUAAACGCUUCUUAUGUGUGGACGUCGAGGAAAAGUGGUUCAGUUCUAUGAUGUUCAGCAGGAAAGAGUGCCUUUUCCAGCACAUGCGUAUGGAGAACCAUGUUGACGUGUUCUAUUCAUCCAGCAACGGACUGUUGCUCCUACUGGAAGGGGCUGAGAUCCCUGUUAAAGGGUAUGACUUGUUAAAGAGACGCAUGGUUUACAGAAGGAAGAGGAGCCAACAGGAGAACUCCGAUGCAGAGGACAUCAAGGAGGAUCAGGACCUGGCUAUGCAACAGGACCAAGAACGAGCUGCCGCCAUUUCCAAGGAGACCAUCACUUCUUGUGACGACCCUUUGCAGCACGAGCACGUCUGUGUAUACGGUAAUGACGUAAAGACGCUCUGCAAUAUGAUUGGCCACGUCCCUUCUAGUUCAGGAACCGACAUCAAAAAGGCUCACAAGUUGAUGUCACGAACAUCCGUUGGGGUGCUGGACUGAUCCAGCUCGUCCAUGGUCUUACUGCAGGGGCCAUGCUGGACC